AUGACCGAGAAGCCGACGCUGGUCUUCGUCCCGGGCGCGUGGCACUCAUCAGCUUGCUAUGGCAAAGUGAUCGAGUGUCUUCAAUCCUGCGGAUACACGUGCAAGACCAUGGAGCUUGCCACCGUGAACCCUGCGAACCCGGCCAUCGACGACGCAGACACAGACUCGGAAAUUAUAUCCACGACCAUCGAGAACAUCUUAUCGACAGGCAAAAAUGUUUUCCUGGUUGUCCAUUCCUACGGUGGAAUCCCAGCGUCAAGCGCUACACACUCGUUCAGAGACCGGACAUCUCCUGGCGUCAUGGGGAUAGCAAUGAUUGCAGCAUUCUUGCCUCCGCCAAAGACUUCAUUAGUAGCGCUGCUAGAGAAGCAUCCGACCACUUCGGAGUCGGGCUUCCAUAAGUUCGAUAGCACAGGACAUCUAAUUGAAGUUGGUGGUGCUGGACCAGAAACUCUACUCUACAAUGACCUUCCCGCAGAAGAAGCUGGUCUGUGGGCAUCACGACUCCAACCACAUUCAUGGAUAUGCAACAUCAAGCCGCCCUCUGCACAUGGAGUAGGAUGGCACCACAUCCCUACACACUAUCUGAUCUGCGGGAAAGACCAGGUAGUGCCGCCGUCUCUACAACGACAAAUGAUAGAUGAUGCAAACAACACGUUAGUAAGCAUGGGCUCGAGCCUGAGGAUCCGUGGGGAAGUUGUGGAGUCUGGACACAGCCCUUUCCUCAGCAUGCCGGUUGAAACUGCGAACUACAUUCGGAGAUCUGUUGGAGAGAAAAUUUGA